GCGUCUGUACAGUAUCGCGCAGUACUACAUGUGCAGGGCGGAGCUUCGCGUGAACAUAACAUUGACAGAGCAACUAGUUCGUCUCAGUCUGGCGCGGCAGGAACCCCGAGGCUGCGGACGCGCCGACGCUGGCUUAAUUCAGCUUACAAACCUAGUCCGAUUACCAUGCGGGCAGGAGGAGAAAUCCGUCCGUGCUCAGCGCCGAGCAACUGAACGACACCGCGGAGCUCUUUCCUCAUGACAGCGGGACCGGAGAUGCGAGCGUCGCUCUCGUGGGCUCCGUCUUCAGGGCGAGAUAGCUAGACUUUCCUCAUCUUAUCUGCGAGCCGUUUGUUGUUCCUCCACCGGAGAGCUGUUUUCCUCGGCCGGAUUAGACGUCCCCGGCUCGCCUGUCAUCAUGGAGACGCGCACGGACGUCUUGCUGGUCACCGCUAACGUCGGCUCGCUGUUCGACAAUGUGGGUGAGAUUGAAGGAGACUGGCUGCGAGAGUUCUUCAUGACGGUGCACAUGCAUAAGCCACGCUUCGUCGCCCUGCACUUUCAGGAAGUUGGUGGAAAAGACUAUAUGGUGAACAUGGGCCACGCAGAGAACUUUUGCUGGGCUAUAGAGUCCAGUUCUGAGAUGGCUGACUUCGACAGAGUCUGUGUCUAUGUAGACAGUCAUUUCAAGGCUGUUGACAGUUUCACGGCGCUGGGAAGCAUGUACUUCAUCCACAAGUCGCUGAAAAAUAUCCAACUAUAUGACUUCAAUCUGAAGGAGUUUAAAGCCGUCUCGGGCCACAACAAGUACGUGGGCUCGCUGGAAGGAGUGACUACCAUGGAAAAAGAGAAAUUCCCCAAGAACUUUUGGCCCGAUUUCAAGUGGUCCAGAAAAGGCUACAUGAGGACACGAUGGCUCAUUCACAACCAGGGUUUAGACCUGGUGAACGUUCACCUGUUUCACGAUGCCUCCAACCUCAUAGCCUGCAACUCUAGUCCGUCAGUUUAUUCUGCGAACCGCAAGAAAGCUCUCAGAUACGUCAUCAACAGGAUAUCAGACAGCAGCUACAGUCCUCUCCCCUUCUUCCUGUUCGGGGAUUUCAAUUUCCGCCUCGACACGCUUAGCCUAGUGCAGAACCUCUCCGUGUCGGCUGAUAUCCAGACGGUAAAAAAAGACAGUAGCAACGAGGUCGAAAAAAUCAUUUGUGAAGAGAAAGACAAUGACCACAAGGUGCUCCUUCAUAUAGAGACCAAGUUAUUUGCUUACUUGCACCAGGCCGCGUUCAGAGAAAACAACGGAAAAGAGCUGCUGAAGUACGAUAAGGAGAUCUCCGAAUUUCACGACGUCAUCACAGAGGAGGAGAUCCGCUUUCCUCCCAGUUAUCCAUACAGUGAAGACUACACUAAACCUACACAGUACAUGAACACGCGAUGCCCGGCGUGGUGCGACCGCAUCCUGAUGUCCCACAGCGCCGCAGACAUCAUCCACAGGAGGCGGGAGGGUGAGAGCGGGGUUGUUUAUAACACGCUGGGCUCCAACAUCUGCAUGGGAGAUCACAAACCGGUUUUCCUGUUUUUUCCAAUGAGGACAAUUACACAUUGACACACGAUACCGAGUCAGAGGGGCUUCACAUGAACCUAGAGGUUAUUCUGUGGACAUCUCUACUGAUCAUGCCAGGGCUCUACAACAAAGUACACAGCAGACCCCUACAACACCCACCCACGCCCGAAACCUCCCGACAAACGCAAGUGGGCACAAAACACAGCAAACCUUCUCACCAUACACAUUUAACAGAGACUUCAAGCAGGUUCGGCGUGACCUGAACACACAGGACACAAUGGAGAAAGACCAAGAGCGCUUCUCAGAGCCCCUGACUUUUAGGUUUACGUUUUGCAUAGAGUAGGUAAACCUCCGCGGAUUACUAUGGAAAAGCUUUAAAAUCACAACUCUGGUGUGCUUUUACACUCGUGAGGACGUGAAUGCGAGCACGAGUACGCCAAGCACGUCCAAACACAAGCUGCUGCGACGCACAAGCUUCGGUUGCUGUUUCAAUCCAGUUCACGCGAUCGUUCUGGUAAAACGCUUCUCGGUUCUCACACCCGCUGCAUGCGUUAGUAUGGAUUCACAAGCGCAUGCUUUUUGCAUUUACACUGGCCUCGGCACUUCCGGCCGUCGGCUUCAGUCAUUGUCUCCGCGGGGUUGUUAGUCAGACUCUCGGAUCGAUAGAAUAUGUACAGGACAGCAAGGGACGAGUUAUAAAGCCAUUAGCGCUUGUGAAAUAUGGAAAUCCCACCCGGAGCGGCCUGGCCUGGAAGCCCCCGGACUUUUAAUUAGAGCACUAGCGCGAUGCGAAUGCUAAUGCGGAGCGUAGCGCUCGGAGAUGUUUUCAUUGCGUCGAAUCUCGGGUAGCUGGUAUUGUUUAAAAAAAGUUUGAAAGCUCUGUAUAGUUUCUCAGUGGUGUUGGUCCGGCGUUAAAUCUCUUUUAAAGCUAGUCACGACGACCAAUUUUCAUAUUUUGUGGGGUAACGCGCUGGUUUGUAAAUGGCUUUGUUCAAUGCUUUAUGAAAUUACUUUAAAUUGUAAAUACGCAGCGCUUUUUAACCAUUAUUGAAUCGCCUUCUAAACUGUUGCAGAGUCAGAGAUGCUCCGAAACGUUAUUAAAGGGACAGCGCGCACAAAAAUGCGCAUUUUGUCAUUAUUAACUCAUGUUGUUGCGAACCCGUUUAAACAGCUUUCUUGUGUUGAGCGCAAAGAAAGAUAUUUUUAAGAAUCGAGAUUUUUAAGAGCUUCUAUCGUGUGUUUUUAUAUACAUUCCUCAAAAUAUCUUCUUUUGUGCUCAACAGAUGGAAAAACGUAUAUAGGUUUAGAACAACAUGAUGAUUUUCAUUUUCGGCCGAACCGUCCCUUUAAAUAUCAGAAAUUGACGCGUUUUUAUAGUAAAAUCUAAAUAGUUCCUCAUUUCAAAUCCGAAUCAAACGAUAUACAAACCCCUGCAAGCGAUUAUACCCAGAUAUGACAGGGCCGUGAUUUUGAAUUUAUUGAUUCGGUCGAUAUAAUCUCAACCCCCAAUGCAUAAUUUACGCACAAGGGUUAACCCGUACGGCCCACAUGCCAAUAAUGGACUUGUUGUAGUUGAUUCAUGGUAUGGUCAACAUAAUUUACUGUUCUCGAGGGCAUCGCUUCAAACCGUGGUUCAAUAGGAGGCCACGGAGUCGCUAGGCAUGCAUGUCAUUUAGCAUUUGAGAUUUUACAGAUAAACGCAAACACUACAGUCCUUUGAGAUUUAUGUGCACUGUUAUUAGCAUGCCAAGUUAAACGUGUAUGUAGCCGUUCAUGUUUGCACUCGUUUUGGGGAACCAUUCGACUUCGCAGUGAUGUAAACAUUCGUAGACCGGUCUUUUUUUUUUCGUAGCAAUUAGACACUUUGCUAAUGUUAAUGUUUUUUUUUUUUUAAAAAAACCUAUUUCUACUUUCUGUGUCUCUCUGACUUUUUUCUUUUUUAUUAUUGAAAUGUUAGACUCGAUUUAGGUAUUGUAAUGGGAUCUGCCGAGAACUACUGAAAAAUAUAUUCCACGUUAUUAUAUCCAGAAGACGGACGGCGGCGAAAAGUUUAAGAUUAAUGGUGACCGCUGGGCCGAGGGAAACUUGUCGAUGGGAUCGGAAGAUUUGCCAUUUGAAGUUAUAGGCUGUUCGUAGGCCCAGACGCAAGCAUAGAUCUUCCAAAAAAACAGUCGUAUGGGUAUCUAAAAACCGCAGAAGCUGGAAAAAGACUAUUUUUAAGCGAUUGACACACUGUGCCAAAUGUUUAUUUCCUCGCUUUUCUUUUCCAUUUCGUGACUUGCGAGAGAGCUGGUGUUUGGUUGAUCUGUUGUAAAGGAUGUAAAAUGCAGUAAGAUAGUUGCAGUGCAUUUAAUCUAGCCGUACCUCACAUGCUACCGGCCUGAAACGGUCUAAACAAUCACCCUCUUACUGUACUAUACCUUUUGUGGCACGUAUGAAUGUUUUUCUUAAAAAUACUAUGUCUUAUUUCCUAAUAAAAUGUAUAUAUAUUCAUCA